UUUGCCAUUAUUUUAUUGUUGGCAACAGUUGGCAAUUCUUUUCAAUCUACGGCAAACCACCCAGAGAUCUACUAGUUGUACACCUCAAUCUUACCUUCUGCCUACCCUUGCUAUAGGGAUUCUUAAUUGUUACUAGUUAUCUUUGUUGUUUUUCUAGAGUUUGAUGGAGAAUCGGUCGGAUGACAGCAGGAACUGUUGUAAUCACUGGAGGAAUACUAGCAACAGUGAUCUUACUGUGUAUCAUUGCUGUUCUGUGCUAUUGUAGACUACAGUAUUAUUGCUGCAAGAAAGAUGACACUGAUGAAGAGGAAGAGGAGGAGGAGGAGGAGGAGGAGCAGGAGGAGACUGACCUUCCUUCACACUCGCACUAUGCCAUGUGCAACGCUUGCAACUCUCGCAUCAUGGACGGGCAGGGCAACUCCUCUUUUCCGCCCCAUGAGAUUAACAAGCCAGGCAAUCGGAACCAUUGCCCGACCUGCUCCCCUUAUGGCUCCCCCUUUUACAUACGGACCGCUGACCUGGUGCGUAACGGGGGCGAGAGGAUCACCUACAUGCCUACAUGCUGCAAAGAAAUGGGGCUGCCCCUCAAAAUGGCUGUCCCCCCGAGUUUCCCGGUGACCCACCACCACUGCAUCAUACACGAGACCUUUCCCAACUCAAGGGCUUUCAGUACAGAAGUCUGAUCACAAUCGGUUUCAGACGUAGGGUGCUUCGGUUUGAUGCGGGUUGCUACGGAAACCUUUCAACAAAAACGGAACAUGCAUCCAAGACCCGACGUUGUUCCUGAGGCUCUUCUUGUUAAGAGGAAAAGUAGUGACAUUGCACCCAAGACAUUGAACUUGGCGGUUUUUGAACCUGCAAACAGUGUUGGGUCCACUGAAGGGUCUUGUCUAAGGAGGGCUAUGUACAGUACAAACUAACUAACUUGUAUUUAAACACUCUUGCAGGUCCACCCUGACCCCCACAUACAUCUUUGGUGUCUACAUGUAGAAAACCCUAUUUCUCUCUCUCUCUCUCUCUCUCUCUCUCUCUCUCUCUCUCUCUCUCUCUCUCUCUCUCUCUC